AACUACCAGCACGUUGUCCGGAAUCACGGUCGGAUUGUUUUGGUUGAUGCACACGGUCUUGCGGAAGUCGUUCUCAGCCGUGCUCAAAACAAAUACAGCGAUUUUGGCCGAACAUAACUAUUUGGAAUAACUUCUCGGGGUUGUCGCACAGGGGAACGCGGGUUUAGAACAUCACAUCCGUUAGUAAUGAAACUAAAAGAGUUAGAGAGUUGUCUACAGCAAGUAGAUGUAUUUGAAGAGCCAAAAAUCCUUCUUGAACAAUAUCCAACCAGUCCCCAUAUUGCUGCAUGUAUGCUUUAUACCAUCCAGAAUACGUUUGAUGACAUCGAGGGUAAACUAGUGGCUGAUCUGGGAUGUGGCUGCGGUGUCCUCAGCAUCGGGGCUGCGAUGCUCGAUGCAGGUUUGUGUGUCGGCUUCGACAUUGACAACGACGCCCUGGAGAUAUUCAGAAGAAAUGUAGAGGAAUUUGAGAUUUCUAACGUGGAUCUGGUACAAUGUGACCUGUGUUCUCUAAAGGCAGAGGAUUAUGCCAAAAAGUUUGAUACAGUAAUAAUGAAUCCACCAUUCGGGACAAAACACAAUCAGGGCAUGGACAUGAAGUUUCUACGGGCAGCUUUGAUGAUGGCAAAGACAGCAGUGUAUUCACUACAUAAAACAUCAACACGAGAGCACAUACAAAAGAAGGCUAAUGACUGGGGAGUGAAGAUGGAAGUAAUAGCAGAACUAAGAUACGACUUGCCAGCAUCUUACAAGUUCCAUAAAAAGAAAUCGGUUGACAUCCAGGUGGACUUCCUGCGAUUCGCAAACGCCUGACGCUUUCACUGGAAUGGACUCAAACUGCCUCUGCAUUUUUACUGUUUAUAAUAAAUGUUUUCAAAAAAAGAGAAAAAAA